AUGUCUGCCCUGCGCCCAAACCAGAGGGAGAAGGCGGCUUCCAAGCACGGCUCGUCUGGCAUCGCCGCUGGACUCGCAAAUGGCAUCGCAAACGGUCUCAUUGACCCCACCAAGCUGGGCAAAUACCCCGUGCUGCUGAGUGAUACCCUCCUCGGCCGCACCCAGAAGGACGUCUUCACCAGCGUCCGAUACAACCACAAGCCCCAGCUGUCCUCCGACCAGGCACCUGCCCUCGCGAGGCUCAAACCCGAAACCCCCGGCACCAAAGACAACUUUGAGCUCUCGUACAGCGACGCCGGCGGCACCUAUGGCUACGCUGGAACCCGCUCCACCGACAGUAACCAAUAUGUCCUCUACUUCGACGACGCCAAGAAGGCCUUCAUCCUCGACCGCGUCGACUCGACCUUUAACAUGAACCUCACCCGUACCCCCGACACCACCGACCCCGAACGCCUGCGUCAACAGUUCGAGCACCUCGACACGAGCCCGCCGGCCCGUGACACCCCCAAGGACACCCGUAAACCCGCCUCCAAACCCGCCUCCAAACCCGCCUCCAAACCCGCCUCCAAACCCGCCUCUAAACCCGCCGCGCCCAAGGCAUCCGCGCCCAAGGCGUCCGCGUUGAAGAACGGCAGCAGCAGCACCUCUCAGCCCCGCCGUCCGGCCCCCGAGAAGAAGCAGGCCAAGACCGUCGAGCUCGCGCUGCCGCCGCCGCCGCCGGUCAAGGAGAAGCGCAAGCCCGCCAAGAUGGACGACGAGGACGACGACGAAGACGACGACGACGACUUUGGCCUCACCGUCGAGUAUCCCGACGAGCCCGCCAACGCCCGCAGCGGCACCGAAUUUUCCCCAGCCUUUCCGGCGCAGAAGAUUGCGUUUCGCCGCUUCUCUGAGUUUCUGCGCGACUCCGAGGCCGAUGACGCCGAUGGAGAGUCGGACCAGGAAGAGGACAGGGGGAUCGAGGGGUUCAAGCUGCCGAGCCCCGUCAACGACGAGGGACAACAGCAGCAGCAGCAGCAGCAGCAGCAGCAGUACGAAGACAGCGAGGACGAAGAGUACAACCAGAUGUUCGAGGAUGUCGAUCGGGCGCCUGUACAGCAGCAGCAGACAUACGUCCAGCAAGAGGCGCACGCUGGCCACGACGACGACGACGACGACGACAUGGACCUCGAGGCCGAGCUCGAGGACGCCCUCGAGCAGGCGGCCAACAGCGGUGACGCCGGCGAGGAGAGUGAGGUCAGUGAGGAGGACUAG